GAGAUAAGCCCAAGCGAUCUAACAAGUGUUAGCAGUACACUCAUGAUAGCAUGCUUUGUGACGUGUAGUAGUAUCCAUUUUUUCAACGAAUUGCCAUAGAGUUGGUAUAAAGUAUUGAACAGGUACAAUAAUUUUGUUUCCUAAUAUAGUGAGUGGUUUUCAAGAAAGGUGCAGUUAAUUCUUUGAAAUAGGAUUGAAUUUAUUCAACAUGUUCUAUGCUAAUAAGUAUGUGGAAGUUGACACAGUCUGACGAAUGGUAUAAAUAUGUCAAUGGCUCGUUGAUAAAAUGUGAAUCACGUUUUAUAAUAAUAUGCAUUCCCAUGCAAUCAAGCGGCUUGUGGUUGUAAAAUCGAAGGAAGUUUAACUAGUGAAGUGUUUCAAUAUUGAAGAAGGUGUUGCAGCGGUUCGAUCAAAAUGGGCUUCAAAUGGUUCAAGGCUCGCAUCACGAUAAGUAGAAUGCCUGAAUACUCUUCUGCGGCAGCGGGUUCCUACAGGACAACGUCAUUUGACAUGCCUGAUUUUCAAUCAAAUAAUAAUUACACAACUUCGACUAACGGUCAAACCAAUAUUGAUAAAACAUCCAUCACUAGGCCAGUUUCUUUGCCUGCAUUGAAAUUAAAUAAUCCAAUGGCUGAAGUAACAGGCACAGAUAAUAUUUCAGAAGCAGUCGAACUGAACAGCAGUGACAAUUCAAGUAAAUCUUCAAAGAAAACGUCCGACGUAACACAGUCGGGACGAGAAAUGUACAGCGGUUUAGGAAUAAGAAAUACCGCUCUCUUGAAAAAAGAGACGUUUGAAGAGGAUUAUAAUCAGAAUAUCGGAAACGUUACGCCUAGACCUGCACAAAAAAUGCACAAGGCUGAAUACAAAAGGAAAAAAGUUAAAGCACCAGUCCCGAAAAGAAAAUUGAGUAAGAGCAGUGGUGAUAUUUUAAGGAGUGGUAAUUCAGAAGGUGUUACAUUUACAAAUGAAAAGAAAUCAUCGCACACCAGUGAUGUCGACGUUUAGUUUAGCUAUACUUAUAUACUUAUAAAACAAUCUAUCUUCAACGUAAUAUAGUCUAUAGUUACAAAUUUCAUUGAAAACAUUUUUUUCUUCACGGUUGAUACCUACAGACCACUUGUAGAGAAAAUUAAUAAAAGUUUCUGAUUUACUCUGCAUAGUUCAAAUACGGGGUGCAGAAUGAAGACGGGUGAUGAUUUUAUUGCUCGACGAAGGAAUUGGUGAUUUACGAACAUAUGACCUAUAUAUGUAUUUCAUAGAAUAUUAAGUUGUUUCUAUUCCAUGGUAAGUAAGUUGCAAAGAAAGAGAGAACACAUGGAUAGCAUAUUACUAAUAUUUCGAGUGUAACUAUAUAUGAUGGUUUUGUUUACUUGAUAAAAUUAUAAUUAAUGAUGUUUUAUUAGAAAUGUGAUAAGUGUAUGACACAAGUUAAAUAAUUAUCGUUAUAUUAUGCUCACAGAAGCUUUUGAAACCCUUGUAGUCUAGUGAUUACUAUAUUAUAUAGUAAUUGUUGUCAAUAAUGGCAUGGUGACUUAACGAAAAAAUCUUUUUUCCUUCAAUGAUGCUAACAUAUAUUCC